AGACAGGCGUACAUCUAGCCGCGAUUCUCACGUUCGUCAACUUUGACUUGAUGACUUGACCUGGUGCUGGUGCUUCUGCUGGUGCUCUUGCUGCUGCUACUUGUGGCCUAACCGUUGUACAAUUAAAUAACAAUCAAAGCAUAAUUGUGGCCGAGCGCAUUUCGCUUUUGCGCGAUGAUCCAAACGAGUUCUUCGGCUUUAUUCAAUUUGUGCGAGCAGUAAAAGUGCCAAGAACCACCUCUCAACGGUGGUGUUAUAUGGCCCAUUAAAGCUUCCCUCGAAGUCGGGCGACGCAAUUUGCAUGAGCGACAAUUUCAAGAGCCGUACCUACCUGGUGGCAUGACUCAACGCUGAACAAUUUGGUCGGACGCAUCACCAGCCUAGCAUGACACGGCUCAAUUAGGCCGCUUAACGCUUUCAUUCAACCCACAAGAGCGCGGUCUGGACUCGAAACCCAUUCAAACAUAAACCAAGAACUAGAACUCCACCAUCGCUUCGCAUCGCAUCGCAUCACUUACACCACUGACCUCCUCCCGAAGGGGAACCAAGGCCACCAGCCACACCAUCCUCCCGCUAGGCAGCAUAAUUUCUCUUGAAAACCGCUCUAACACCUGUCUGAACACACAUAUCUUCCACCGUCUUCGACAAACAUCGCAACCGCAAUCGCAACGGCAAUCGCAACCGCAACCGAAACCGAAACACGAAUAAUGAAUUAUCAAAAGACCAGUGAAAAGCAGUCGCCGUCCUCAUUGAAGAAGCGGCCGCCGGGCAACGGCAAUAGCAUACAAAACUUUUGGAACGAACGCAUUAUGGAGCGCUUCAUAAAGGCAAAUCUAUUCAUUAUCUGCUGCGUGGUGGCAGUUCUUCUGCUGAUCGUCUAUCUGGGGGCCUUCUCGUGCGAGGUUUCUUGGAUACUGGAGGCCCAUGGGGAGCUGCCCUUUGCCGCUUACACCUUGUGUUCGCUCUAUUUCGUGAUGUUCGUGGCCACAACGAUCCUCAUCCACGGCCUGGUCAGUGGGCUGUGCUGGCCCCUUUUUGCCUGGUCGGGCAUUAUCGGGCUGCUCUCCAUACCGGAGCUGGUCUUUGUUAUGCUCAUGACCACCCAGCACUGGGGUCUGCAGUCUGUGCAUGGGUUGACGGAACUUACCAGCUACCUGAUUCGCCUGAUCAUCAACUGCUUCGCCCUGAUCUGCGUGAUUCCCACGGGCAUUCGUUGGCGACGUGAAACGCAGGUUCUCAGCCAAUUACAGGGACUGGCCACGCGACUAUCCCUACAAACGCCCGCACCCAGUGUUCCAAUGACCAAGGCAGAUUCCCGGCGCUCCAGCCAGCGGUUGAGCGGGUUCGAGAAUGCCGGCUACCAGUUGUGCGACGAGACUGGAGGCAACAAGCUGCCCCUGGGCCCAGGUCUGGCACUAAAUAACCAGUGCGGCGGAAGUCAAGCUUUCGGUUCCCAGAACGAGUUCAACGCCAGCAUGUUUGCGCCAGCUUUGGCACAGCAGUUUAAUAACGCCACCAUGAUGCAACGAGGUGGGUCUGGAGCAGCACCUGGUGGUCAUCGCGCUCAGUCUCUGAUGGAUUUGCGCUGCACAUUGCCGGGGAUGUACAAUCCCCGACAUGUGCUGGAUACGGAGGACAAGAAUGCCAAGUACUUCAAUAUAACCAUUGAUGAUCUGAAGAACAAUCUGCAGGAUUCGCACCGACCCUCACCACCCUCCCUAAUUGGUUCCGCUAGCAACGAUCCCAUAUAUUGCUCCAUCGAGCCCAAGCAGUUGACACCGCCACCCGUUCAGCAGCGGAACCACCAUCGCCCCAGAGGCAGCCACAAACAGCCUCCGCCGGGCAAGCUCUCCCGCAAUUGUGUAUCCCUGGAAAAUCUGGACGGGAUCAGCAAGGUGCAAAACGACCUCAAUGCCUAUGGAAAUAAUCUGCUCCAGAACUACACGCAGCAGCAGCAGUACUACCUGGCCAUGCUACUCCAUCAGCAGCAGCAGCAACAUAUGCUCCACCAACAGGCUGGUGGCAUCUACCGGAGGCCAUCCAAUUGCAGUUCCACGGGUGGAUUCGCCGGCACCGUACUGGCACAACCGCUGCAAAGACGUGGCUCUACCCACAGCCAACAGCUGCAGUAUUACGGAGGCUUUGGCUACGCCAACUAUGCCAAUCCGUACAUCACAGCCAACAGCAAGCUGUCACUGGGCAACGAGUCCGACGACUACCGGAAGUAUCGCGAUGUAGCACUCUGAGCCAGAGUCCCGGAGCCAGAUCCAAAGUAGAAUAUCAAUCAGCGCUUUAGGUUAACUCAAUACUUGUAAGAGAUGCUCGAUCUUGAAUGAGAUUCCUCGGAAUAACGACCAAAGAGCCACAAGCUAACUCAGUUUCAGUUCGUAGACUAACGUUUAACUGGGAGAAUCCAAAUACCGCGCUUUGAUCGGGUUUCUAAAUUAACGUUAUUCCGUUAGAAGAGAGGAAAGAGUCACUGGUUAAAUCAUCGAUCUACGCGAAACAUGCUCACAGCAUAUCCCCAUGUUUAGAAUUAAGAAUCGACCGCUUAUCGACUUUGACACAUUCAUCGUUUAUUAUAGUUUCUAGGGAUACGAAUAACAAUACUCUGGUCGACAGUCUAACCAUCCACAGAUCGACUACUGUACAUAUUUGAUAUUAAAGGCAAUCAUGUGUUUUUACUCGA